AUGAACACUUUCUUCACUGCCAAGAGCAAAGAACCUACUUCUACUGUUCAAACGCGGGUGCCUUGGGUCGAGAAAUAUCGUCCAAGAAAGGUCAAUGAUCUCGUCUACCAGAAAGAAGUUGUUGCCGUUCUUAAGAAGGUUUUGGAAGGAUCUGAUAUGCCAAAUAUACUGCUGUAUGGUCCCCCCGGUACAGGCAAAACCUCUGCUGCACUUGCUUUCUGCCGACAACUUUUUCCAAAUCCCGAACUGUUCCGAGAUCGUGUCCUGGAACUGAACGCUUCUGAUGAAAGAGGCAUACAAGUUGUACGAACAAGGAUCAAAGAUUUUGCACACCGUGCUGUAUCUAAGGCUGGCCUGAUGCAAAUAAUGGAGAAGUACUGUAAAACAACCAGGUUCUUUCUGAUAUGCAAUUAUAUUUCUCGCAUUAUUGAUCCUCUCACGUCCCGAUGUGCGAAAUUUCGUUUCAAGCCGCUUCCAACGGAAUCUCAGCUGGAAAGGUAUGGGAUGCGUGACAUCUGUGAGAAAGAGGGUGUCAAGAUCGACAGUUCCACUCUUGAAACACUUAUUACGUUAUGUGAAGGAGAUCUUCGAAGAUCAAUCACUUACCUACAGUCUGUGUCUUGCCGCGAAAAUGUCACAAACGAUUACGUAUUGAACAUAACAGGAUAUGUCGCCGAGGAUAAUGCACAUAAGCUGCUCACUGCAUGUCAUUCGUCGGACUCUGAUAGGCUCUUACACGCCCUCGACGACGUGUAUCGUGCAGGAUAUGCCGGACCAUCACUAAUUAAUCAGAUAUACGAUCAGCUACUUGAUGACGAUAGUCUCAGCGACAUUGACAAAGCUGCGAUUUUUGAAAAAAUGGCGGUAGUGGAAGCUCGUCUCGUUGAUGGAUCUGAUGAGUACAUCCAACUGAUGGACUUGGUGUUCUGCAUUCAGUGGUAUUUCACCCACUAA